CCCGGCCGGGGAUGGAGGGCGAGGCCCGCCCCGGCCCCUACCGCGCCACCAGGCUGUGGAACGAAAUCACCAAGUAUUUCCGAGCGGGCAUGCCCUUACGGAAGCACAGGCAGCGGUUCAAAAAGCACGGGAGCUGUUUCACUGCCUCAGAAGCCGUGGACUGGCUUCAUGAGGUUCUGAGGAGCAACAGUAACUUUGGUCCUGAGGUUAGCAGGCAGCAGACUGUCCAGUUGUUAAGGAAGUUUCUCAAGAAUCACGUAAUUGAGGAUAUAAAAGGAAGAUGGGGAUCUGAAGACUUAGAAGAUAAUGGUGUGCUAUACAGAUUUCCUUCAACUUCUCCAGUUAAACCUCUACCGAGCUCUUCUCGAGAAAAAGAGAACUUGGAAACCUUCUCCAGAGACAAAGACAGACUUUUUAAACUGCCACAUUUAUCCAGGAGAACUGUUAAAAAACAUGAAUUACUGGACUCUCUGGAAAACUUAGAAAAAACAGAACCAGAUAUAACAAAGGAGAACAAAGAAGAUGCACAGCACAGGAAGGAAAUAAGCCAGGAAUAUGUGCAAGAAAUCUGGAGAAAUAUCAUUCUAAUACAUUUGCAAACCAUUUUAGGCCUCCCAUCUUUGGAGGAAAUUUUGCAGCCAACGCAGAUAGUUCCUGAGUAUGUCAUCUACAACAUGACUAACACAAGCAAACACGGGGUUGUUAUCUUACAGAACAAAUCAGAAGACCUCCCUCACUGGGUGUUGUCGGCUAUGAAAUGCCUCGCAUACUGGCCUAGAAAUAAUGACAUGAACCAACCAACUUACAGCGGGUUUGAACGGGAUGUGUUCAGAACGGUUGCUGAUUAUUUUCUCAAUCUCCCUGAACCAUUACUUACUUUUGAAUACUAUGAACUUUUUGUUAAUAUCUUAGUUAUGUGUGGCUACAUCACAAUUCCAGAUCUAUGCAGCAGAAAACAUUCUGCCCGAGAUGAGACAUGUGACCCCCAACCUUCAAAAAUUCUUCACUUGAACUCUUUCAAGUCAACUGAAUGUCUUCUUCUAAGCCUACUUCGCAAAGAGCCUGAGAAAAAGAAGAAAGAAUAUGAAGUUUCCAGGAAGUGGUCUGCAGAAGAGUUAGCUGUUCAAAAACAAUGCGCAAAGAAAUUGCAACAAUAUAAACUGACAAGUGAACAAGGCAGUGCUGGUAACUUAAUAGGAGGAAGUUGUCAAAAUCUUUCAGGUUUGAGGAAUGAACAAGAUCCAGCUCUCAAGUUCAGGACAAGAUGUUACUCUUUGGAAAGAAUUGGAGGUACUGCCUCAAGUGUACCUAAUAAAGGAGAAUCAGUUGUCCUCAGGCAAACUGAUGUGAACACAGUCUUGGGCACAAGAAAUAAAAACCAAUCACUACUGUAUAAGCAUAAAGCCAACUCUGUGUUGGCGUUUGGUUUUGAUAACACAUACCAGAACCAAACUUAUGGUGUGAAGACAGUGUCUGCCUCAACUCUUCAGAAGAAAGAGCUAUUUGAUGAAAAUCAUAGUUCAAAGGAAAUAUGCAGGUCUCAGAGUUUACUUGGCAGCAGGAACUCCAAAAGUUGUACUAACAUCAAUAUACCCGUUGCCGAAAUCACAGUAAAGCCAAAGUCUCAACUCUGUGGGCAAAGAAAACUGAAUACUUCAGUGGACAUCAGGACUGAGGUUUCUGAUAUCACCGUCAGCAAGAGACUCUGCAAAAGUACCAUAGAGCUCUCAGAAUACUCUUUCACUCACUCUUGUAUGUUGACUGGCACGCAAAAUCUCCUUCAGCCUCACUUAGAAAGAAUUGCUAUUGAAGCACUACAGAUAUGUUGUUUGUUGCUUCCACCACCAAAUCGUAGAAAGAUGCAGCUCCUUAUGCGUAUGAUCUCUCGGAUCAGUGAGAAUGUCGAUAUGCCACGACUGCAUGAUGCGAUGGGCACACGUUCUUUGAUGAUACAGACUUUUUCUCGAUGUGUGUUAUGCUGUGCAGAAGAAGUUGAUCUUGAUGAGCUGCUUUCUACACGACUAGUUUCGUUUCUAAUGGACCACCACCAAGAAAUAUUUAAAGUGCCGACUUACCUGCAGGUUGCAGUGCAAGAUCACAUAGAAUACGUGAGGAUGGCUCAGGGCAAAUAUCCAAGGGAAGAAAUUUGUGCCAUAUUGCCAACAUACUCAUACUGCAAACAAAUAACUCCUCAGGAGUUUGAAGAACAAAAGGUUUCUACGUCUCAAGCUGCGGUGGCAGAGCUGUUAGAGAACAUUAUCAAAGAUAAGAACUUGUCUGUAAAAGACAAAAAGAAAAAGUUAAAACAGUUUCAGAAGGAAUAUCCUCUGAUCUACCAGAACAGAUUUCCAACUACAGAAAACGAAGCAGUGCUGUUGGAGAACAAACCUACCAUCAAACAACCGAUGCUUAGCCUAAGAAAACCAAAAUUUCGUAGCCUGCGAUAUUAAUUUAACCAUCCUUCAGCUGCAUGUUUACUUAAUGGAUGGAUGAAUGACUUACCAAGGGGUGCUUUCUAUGCAAAUUUGGUAGUGGUUGCUUAUGGAGAAGGAAGAAAUGUUUACAUGAACACUAUGCUGAAAAGUGCCAAAAUAACGUUUUUUCUGGAGGUUACUUUUGAAUGACUUCUAAGAGAAAUAUUUAUCUGUUUACAAAUUAAUCAAUGUAUUGUGUUCAGUAGAAUAAAUGUGAAAAUAAGCAUGAAGCUAUUGGUAACCAAAAAUGAAUACAGGGUUUUCGUAUGGGAAACUAAUGAUAUGCAACUUUCUUAAUGUCUAUUCAGGAAUUUGUGCCAUUAAUUAUAGCUUGUGUGGAGUUUUAAUUAUUCGUUUGGUGUGGAUAAGUGCCUUCCUUGUUUUCACAAAAUACUUGUCUUCAAGCAAAACAAUGUUCUUUGUGUUCGGGACUAAUUUAAAAGUUGCUUUUGUUGUUUCCAGGGGAGCCAGAAAUUCACUGUAAAUAAAUUAUCUGCCUCCUUGAAAUUCUUAUUUUCUUCUCAUCUGUAGAAUCUGCUUUUUCAUAUUUAUUUAUAUUAAAAGUGCUAGGUAUGUUUGAUAUUUUCCUGGAAUGCUUAUUUUGGCUGUACUGGUACCAUCUGUCACUUCUGUCGUUUUGUUUGAGAAGUAUAUGAGAUGUGACUAUGAAUAGAAUCGUAAUACACUACAUUUCCCUG